AUGGAAAUCCCUGAAUUUAAACAUUUCUUUAAACAAAUUGUAGUAAAUUAUUUCUUAUUGGGAAUAUCGUUUGAUGAAUCAAAAAUUUCUAUUAGAUUCUAUUUAUUUUUGAUUUCAAUAAUAUUGAUGCUUACGGGAGAAAUUUCAUUCUUUGUGUCUAAAAUUUCAAGUGAAAAUUUUUUGAAACUAACUGAAUUAGCGCCUUGUAUUUGUAUUGGAUUACUGUCAUUUUUAAAAAUUGUCUGUAUUGUAUGGAAACGCGAAAAAAUUAACAAAUUUGUUAUCAGCCUUAGCGAUCUUUACUCAGAAAUUACCGCUGAUAUCAAAAAACAAAAUAUUGUGAAAAGUGAAUUAGGUUUUUUAAGCCUUUUGAUAAAGUAUUAUUUUAUUCUAAAUGUAUUUCUUAUCUUUGUUUAUAAUUUCUCUUCUAUUAUUAUUAUGCUAUAUUAUUAUAUAACAAAAAACGAAAUCACCUUUAUAUUACCUUAUGCAGUACUGUUGCCCUUUUCAACAGAUUCGAUGCUUGCAUGGAUUGUAGUGUACAUUUUUUCAAUUACUAAUGGAUUUAAUUGUGUGCUAUUUUUUACAAGUGUCGAUAUCUUGUAUUAUGUUUUAACAUGUCACCUAUGCUGUCAUUUUUCACUAAUUUCUAACGAACUACAAUAUUUAGACACUAUGACCAUGAGUUCAUUACGAAAUAUUGUGAAAAAACAUCAAUAUAUUCUGAAGCUCUCUCUUAUUCUCGAAGACAUAUUUACUGUACCAAAUUUUUUUAACGUAUUAAUGGGCUCGCUCCAAAUUUGUGCUCUAGGCUUUAAUCUUACAAUGGGCGAUUGGACUCAAAUGCUGGGAGUAGUUCUAUUUUUAAAUUCAGUACUAAUACAAAUCUACAUGACGUGCCUAUUCGGAGAAAAUCUAAUCUGUGAGAGUGAAAAGGUGGGUGAAGCAGCGUAUGCUUGUCUCUGGUACAACAUGGAUGUAAGGCCAAUGAAACAUAUAUUACUGUUGUUACUAAGAUCGAAAAAGCCGCAAAUAUUAACUGCGUACAAAUUUUCUGUAAUAAGUUAUCAAUGCUUUACUAAAAUAAUCAGCACAUCCUGGUCUUAUUUCACCAUUCUGAGAACAAUUUAUGCAGAUAAAUAA